AUGGAAGCCUACGUGGAUGAUAUGCUAGUGAAGAGCCUGCUGGUAGAGGAGCAUCCGACAGAUCUAGAAGAGUGCUUCAAAACCUUGCGCAGGUUCCAAUCGAAACUUAAUCCUUCUAAAUGCGCUUUUGGUGUCUCUGCAGGAAAGUUCCUUGGGUAUAUCAUGCAUCAUCAUGGGAUAGAGGUGAAUCCCGAGAAGAUUAAAGCGAUACUAAACAUGCCGACCCCGAGAAGCAUUAAGGAGGUCCAGCAACUCACCGGAAGGAUAGCAGCUCUAGGGAGAUUUCUCUCCCGAUCGGCAGAAAAGGGCCUCCCUUUUUUCAAAGCCCUAUCCAGGACCAAAGAUUUUGUCUGGGACGUUGGGUGCCAGGAGGCUUUCAACGAGCUCAAGGAAUGUCUAGCCUCACCACCAGUCCUUACUAAGCCAAAGAUGGGUGAGCCGCUAUACCUCUACUUGGCCGUGGCAGAAGAGGCAGUGAGCUCGGUACUGGUGCGUGAAGAGAAUAAGAGGCAGAGGCCAGUAUACUACACGAGCAAACGAUUGUCUGUGGCAGAGGCUCAGUAUUCCCCCAUGGAGAAAUUAGCGUUUGCCCUGAUCGUCUCAGGGAGAAAGUUACGACCCUACUUCCAGGCACAUUCUAUCAUCGUGCUUACUGACCAGCCUCUAAGGCAGAUUUUGGGGAAGCCAGAGCUCUCAGGGAGAAUGUUGAAGUGGUCAAUGGAGUUAACAACAUUCGACAUAGAGUAUCGACCUCGGUCAGCUAUUAAGGCCCAGGCCUUAGCUGAUUUCAUCGCCGAAGGAUUUGGGCUUGGCGAACCUCUAGAAAACAGCCUAGGACCAUGGAUGUUGGCAAUGGAUGGCAGCUCAAACUCUAGGGGCGGAGGAGCUGGGCUAAUGAUAAAGAGCCCAGAGGGUCAGUCCUGGUUAUACGCUCUGCAUUUUGAGUUUCGGGUGUCUAACAAUGAGGCAGAGUACGAGGCCCUCAUAGCUGGGUUGAGGCUCGCAGCACAGCUUGGGGCGAAGCAUCUCAACAUACAAUCUGAUUCUAACCUUGUUGUUCAGCAUGUGAAGGGAGAAUACGAGGCUAGGGAGGACCACAUGUCCAAAUAUUUGGUUUUCGUUCAGGAACUGAUGAGUCAUUUUCAAUCUGUAAAGAUUGAGCAUGUGCCUCGAUCCCAGAAUAUGGAAGCAGACACUUUGUCCCGGAUCGCAUCGGCCUCUUUUCCAACCAAUUCUAGACAGAUUCUUAUCGAGUCAUUACCUCAAAGAAGCAUUGAUGAGAUGGUGGAGCAGCUAUGUCUCGAUCUAGAGCUAAGUUGGAUGGACCAUUUUGUUAGUUAUUUGAAGGAUGGAAAGCUACCAGAGAGUGACUUAGAGGCUCAAGAGCUAAAAAUGAGGGCCCAGAAAUUUAUACUAAUCAACGAAGAGUUGUAUAAGAGAUCCUUCACUCAACCACUCUUGAAGUGCGUAAAGCCACGUGAGGCUGACUAUGUUUUAAGAGAGAUCCAUGAGGGAAUAUGUGGGAGUCACAUAGGAGCCCGAACUCUUUAUCAGAAAUCCCUUCGACAAGGUGUCUGA